UCUGAAGGUUCCCCAGCGUCGGGAAAGCUGAGCUAUUUCAGAGCUCAGGGAAGUUUCCGCAAGCUCAGCCGGCUUGGUCCCGCGCGCCCAGCCCUGGCUUGCGGCGCGUGUGAGGACUGCUCCUAGGCCACCGGCUGGAAGGGAGUCGGUCUGAAUUAGGGAAAGGAGCCCAGCUCCCCCGGUCACAUCAGCAGGCUGUUCCCCGCUGUACUUUACCCCCAACCCCGAGGGCGGUGCUGGCUGCUCUUGCUUGUGAAGGAGAGGCUGGGGCUCAGACGGUAACCAUCCCAUGGUUUGACUCAGGAAUGAAAUCUUCUGAAAUCUCAGAACAGAAAGCCUUGUGUUCAAUAUGGACGACAAAAGACGGCGAGCCCGAGUACAGGGAGCCUGGGCUACUCCGCCAGCUACUACUGGUAGGAGCCAUCUUCCCCAGACACCAGGGCAGGCCUGGCGGAGGAAGCAGCUGCCUGACAGAGAAUUUGUGUUCAAAGAGCCUCAGCUGGUUGUGCGUACAGUCCCAGAGCCAAGAGUGAUUGACAGGGAGGGAGUGCAUGAAAUCAGCCUGUCACCCACAGGUGUGUCGAGGGUGUGUUUAUAUCCUGGCUUCGUGGACUUGAAGGAAGCUGACUGGAUACUGGAGCGCCUUUGUCAGGAUGUCCCCUGGAAACAGAGGAUGGGCAUCAAAGAGGAUAUAACUUAUCCGCAACCAAGACUUACAGCAUGGUAUGGAGAGCUUCCUUACACUUACUCAAGAAUCACUAUGGAGCCAAAUCCUCACUGGCAUCCUGUGCUGUGCACUCUGAAGAGCCGCAUUGAGGAGAACACUGGCCACAUCUUCAACUCCUUGCUGUGCAAUCUUUACCGGGACGAGAAGGACAGUGUGGACUGGCACAGUGAUGACGAACCCUCGCUGGGGAGCUGCCCAGUCAUCGCGUCACUUAGUUUUGGUGCCACUCGGACCUUUGAGAUGAGGAAGAAACCCCCACCUGAAGAGAAUGGAGACUAUACAUACGUGGAAAGAGUGAAGAUACCGCUGGAUCACGGGACCUUGCUAAUCAUGGAAGGAGCCACACAAGCCGACUGGCAGCACCGCGUGCCCAAAGAAUACCACUCCAGAGAACCGCGAGUAAACCUAACCUUCCGGACCAUUUAUCCAGACCCUAGAGGAGCACCUGGUGAUGGGACAUGUCCGCAAGGUUGCCACUGAGGUGGGGGCCGUGCACCUAACAGCCCCUUCUCCGCUCCUGGAAGCACUUUGAGAAGCUUCUCCAUGCACUCUGGUGAUGUAGCUGUUUGGAAAUUGUGGAGUUUGCUUCCCAGGUCCUCCUCCUCUGGAUGGGAGCCAUGUUGCCAGCAUGUCUACAAGGGAAACGGUUACUCUGAGACAAAUCUCUAAAUCAAGGGCUACCAUUAGGCAAAUUAAACACUGCUAUAACUGUGCUCACAGAUGAUUUGGUCCAUCAUUCCCUUUCCUGCUGCCCUUCCCCCUUUAAUUUGAAGAAAUACAAAUGGCCUUGUGCCUCUGGGAAAACUCUGAACAUAUUUGUUCCUUAUGACGUUAGCAAAUGGAG